UUCUCGCUCUUUGCGAAGGCAUCAAGCAAAGGAAGAGAGAGAUUGGCGACGCAAACAAAUGAUUUUCAAGUGACUUGGCAGCGAAACCUAGAGGGAGAGAGAGCUUCGUCUUGCAUCUUUGGAUCUGAACCGAUCAGCUUCAUUUUCCGCUCUGUUGAAUCGCCGCGGUACUUGGAUCUGAAUCAGUUGGGUGAAUCAAGCUCUGCUGGAAACUAGAGUUUCUCGUUGAUACAACGACGAGGAAAAUGUUUGGUACUUACCGGGUUUUCCUCUUGCUGGUGUUUGUUGGCCAACUUUGCCAUGGGUUUUAUCUGCCGGGAAGUUAUAUGCACACUUACUCAAAUGGAGACCCCAUCUUCGGCAAAGUAAAUUCCUUGACUUCUAUUGAAACCGAGCUUCCUUUCAGUUACUAUAGUCUUCCUUACUGCAAACCUCUCGGAGGCAUCAAGAAAAGUGCUGAGAAUCUUGGGGAGCUCCUUAUGGGGGAUCAGAUUGACAACUCUCCUUAUAGGUUCCGGAUGAACAUGAAUGAGUCUCUCUACCUCUGUACCACGAGCCCUCUAAAUGAGCAUGAGGUUAAGCUCUUGAAACAGAGGACUCGUGAGUUGUAUCAAGUUAAUAUGAUUCUGGAUAACUUGCCAGCUUUGAGAUAUGCAAAGCAAAAUGGGGUGACCAUCCAGUGGACUGGGUUUCCUGUUGGAUAUUCCCCACCAAACAGCAAUGAUGAUUACAUCAUCAAUCACCUCAAGUUUAAGGUCUUGGUCCAUGAGUAUGAAGGCAAUGUCAUAGAGAUAAUUGGCACAGGGGAAGAAGGUAUGGGAAUGAUUUCUGAAGCUGAUAAAAAGAAGACUUUGGGCUAUGAGAUUGUUGGAUUUGAGGUUAUUCCUUGUAGUGUUAAAUAUGAUCCUGAAAAGAUGACGAAGCUUCAUACAUAUGACACUGUUUCAUCUGUCAGCUGUCCACUGGAGCUUGACAGGGCGCAGAUUAUAAAAGAGCAGGAAAGAAUAUCCUUCACUUAUGAGGUUGAAUUUGUUAAGAGUGACAUAAGAUGGCCAUCCAGAUGGGAUGCCUAUUUGAAGAUGGAAGGUGCUCGUGUUCAUUGGUUCUCCAUCUUAAACUCACUUAUGGUGAUCUUUUUCCUUGCCGGUAUAGUUUUCGUCAUAUUUCUGAGGACAGUGAGAAGGGAUCUGACGAAAUAUGAGGAAUUGGACAAGGAAGCUCAGGCACAGAUGAAUGAGGAGCUUUCUGGUUGGAAACUUGUUGUGGGAGAUGUCUUUAGAGAACCGGAGUGGUCGAAGCUUCUCUGCGUGAUGGUGGGAGAUGGGGUGCGGAUUUUGGGGAUGGCCAUUGUCACCAUCGUUUUCGCAGCCCUAGGAUUCAUGUCACCAGCUUCACGGGGAAUGCUAUUGACUGGGAUGAUUGUUCUCUAUCUCUUCUUGGGUAUCGUCGCUGGCUACGCUGGUGUACGUCUCUGGAGAACUGUCAAGGGAACUUCAGAAGGGUGGCGUUCACUUUCCUGGUCUAUCGCAUGUUUCUUCCCGGGGAUUGCUUUUGUUAUCAUGACGGUAUUGAACUUCCUUCUUUGGAGCAGCAACAGCACUGGAGCUAUCCCGAUAUCGUUGUACUUUGAGCUCUUGGCCCUCUGGUUCUGCAUUUCAGUGCCACUGACCCUAUUCGGAGGAUAUAUGGGCACACGAGCUGAAGCAAUUCAGUAUCCAGUGAGAACCAACCAGAUUCCCCGGGAAAUCCCAGAACGCAAAUACCCGUCAUGGCUUCUCGUCCUUGGAGCGGGAACCCUUCCUUUCGGAACCCUAUUCAUUGAGCUGUUCUUCAUCUUCUCCAGCAUCUGGCUCGGAAGAUUCUACUAUGUAUUCGGGUUCUUACUCAUAGUUCUGCUGCUUCUCGUCAUUGUCUGUGCCGAGGUUUCUGUGGUCCUAACCUACAUGCACCUCUGUGUCGAAGAUUGGAAGUGGUGGUGGAAAGCUUUCUUCGCCUCGGGUUCGGUAUCGUUCUACGUUUUCGCAUAUUCUGUCAACUACUUGGUUUUCGACUUGCAGAGUCUGAGCGGCCCGGUUUCAGCUAUGCUUUAUCUCGGUUACUCUCUUCUCAUGGCGAUAGCGAUCAUGCUCGCGACAGGUACCAUCGGUUUCCUCACGUCCUUCUACUUCGUGCAUUAUCUCUUCUCCUCCGUGAAGAUCGAUUGAAAAUCCUUCACUGAGGGAUCCCCAUUAGAGAGGAUAUUCUUGUUCUCAUUUGGUGUUUUUCUGCUUUAGGAACUGUAAAAGUUUCAAAACUUUUUAAAAACGAGUUAUCAAACUGUUGUUUUUGUAGUGUGCUUACAGGAUGUCACGUUAGUAGAGUCCGUGAGCUCAUUCAUUCGUACGGACUAUGUUCCUUUGUUUUGAAUGUGUUUACAGUUUCCCCAUUGACUGAACGAUGUCUUAGUUUCCGUAGACACACACACUUAUCAAAGCUAAGAUUCUACAAUAAAACCUUCGUUUCGUUA